CUUCUGGUUCGAAGAACUACUCGUGCAUCCUAUAAUACGUCCGGCCGCCCCGGGUGCCAGGGCUUGCGUCUGCUCGCUUGCUGAUCUAUAAGCACCUGGUAUUCGAGGGCUUGGACGCUUUCACUUUGCCUCGCCUCUAGUCAUUGUAAUGCCCAUGCAGCGACCGACCCUAGCGAAUAUUCGGAUCCGCUCUGUCGAAGAUGCGCGGAUAAUUCUCUACGCUGCCCAUCGCGGUCUACUGCCAGUCAUCACGCGGCGCCUCGAUGCAGACGAGAAACAGGCUCUGAGGCCGGGUGACGUCUACGUAUGGGUGGAAGGGAAUCCCCAGACAGAUAUCACUGGUCUCGGCAUUGUUCGCUGGACGGACGGUAGGAAAUGGAGUCAAUCUCGGACUCGAGAUGAGUUCCUGUACUACGAGGAAGAAGACGCUAACGGCUGUCCGCUCCCGCGACCCGACCGAAUGGUAAAGCAGACGUAUUCCACCACCGUCAGUGCCACUGCUUCCCGAGCUGCAUACAGGAUCUGUUUGCACACCUAUUAUACCGACAAUAGUCUCAGGCUAUACGGCACUAUCGACAGUAUACCCGAGUUGCAAGGCUUACAAGUACCCCCCGGCUUAUUCACUCGCAUAAAGAAGCCCGGUCGCAAAUCGAAGGACCGGUCAUUAUUUGGGACCUCGCAUGAACUCGACAUGCCUACCGUGCAUCUACCCGAGGGCGGGUUUGGCCAAGACAAGCCGGCGUCGAGCAGCUCAUCCUUCCGACCGACCCCGGCUGGCUGUGCAUCUUCGCCAUUGGCUGAGUCUAAAAAUUAUGUUGCUGCUCAUUGUGAUAGCGACCUGCCAUCCCACGGUUCUUACGAUACCGAGGGUCAUGUGUCCCUCGGUCGAGCGUUCUCACACCUCGAUCUAGUAAUUUCGGACAAGAAGCCUGGUGCUCCGUCGUUCUCUGACACGUCCGCGAAUGUGCACGCUUCAUCCACUCCCGCACCCAUGCCCCUCGACUGUCGCGAGUUCGCCGUCCGAAGGAAUCACUAUGUGCUCGAGUCGACAAAUCCAUCUGUCGCUGAUCGCACGUCUCCCCACUUCAUCUCGGGCGUAUUCGGUGCUCGCGCGAUGUAUUCCCUCGCGCCUCUGGGCUCGACCCUGACCCAAGAACCUCGUCGGAUGACGUCUCCUCCAGCUACGUCAUCUGGGGUUUGGACGACUGCGGGGAACCCUAUCACUGCAGAGGGAUCACUAUCGCUGAGGCCCUUCUCCGAGCUACGGAAGGAUCGUGCAUACAGAAGGGACCCUAUUGAUGACAGACACCUGAAGCUGCUGAGCAGUAUUCCCGGCAGUGUAUGAGGAUGCUUCUGUUCGAUCCACCCGGCGCAAAUCGGUAGGUUCAUGCGUUGCGGCUCUCAAGAACAGUGAUGAGGAUACUGCUC